UAGCAACUAAAGUAUCUUGAAUACGAUAUUAUUGUUAAUAUUAUCGAUGUUCAGUGCAGGUGAUGUCCAAAUGGGGUUAUAUGGGUUAUAUGGGCUGGACGCGUCCCGCUCCGUUGGCGCCACUAGCCCAGCCUCGUUGCGCAGGCAACCAUUCAACCAUCCAACCAUCCCUCACCCGAAGAUCUCGACAAGCUUGGUUCAGGAGUAGAACAGUCUACCCAACUCUCGAAUUACCCCGAUUGAAGACCAACUACAGACACCAUGCCUCCUCGCCGGUCAACCGGACGGACUGCCAGCCGUCAACAGUCGACGUUGUCGUUUGGCACGAACACCAGAGUGACAAAACCGUCCGCAACAGUGCCAGGAAAGCAGAUCAAGGAUAUCGAGCCGAUUGCAACCAACAUCCUCAAGGAAGCCACCCGCGAUACCUCACUCCCAGAACAAGCACCCGUUGCCCCUCCCUCGGGCUCCUCCAAGCCUCAUGUCGCUGAAAUCGCUGUACGGGAACAGACAAAGAAAGAGCUGGAGCAACCCCUAACAGAGGAGGAUCGGCAGGCGCUGAAAGUUACUGACGCAGCACUGAGGAAGUAUUGGAAUGAGGAGGAGCAGAGAAGGACUGCGCCACGAGUCCAUCAGAAUGGCCUUGAUGUGAAUGAGAAGAUUCUUCGGCAUUUUGACCUGUCAAGUCAAUACGGGCCCUGCAUCGGUAUUUCGAGGAUCAAGCGAUGGCGCCGAGCGUAUGCGCUCGACCUCAACCCGCCGAUUGAGGUUCUGGCUGUUCUUCUGAAAGAGGGCACAGGAGGAACAGGACAGGUGAAGGAGCGGGCCUAUGUGGACGAGCUUCUGUCAUGAUAUCGAUUGAUAUCAUUGCCAAGAUUUCUUUACAUCUACACCCACUCACUGUAUUGUGCACAGGCGGGAUUGUCCGACACUGUCAAUGUAUUCAUGUAUUAUGUAUUCAUACCCGGCGUUAGCGUAUGUUUCGCACGUUAUCAAUGAUAAAGAAUAAAGAGCGUUAUCUAAUUAUCUAUCUAUU